UGAGCAUUCCGAUCCCGCCUUCUCUUCCCUCACCAUGUCUUAGCUUAAGCGUUUCCACGGGUGAUUCAUCGCCACUGGCAUCGGUCGAAUGGGCAACUCCAGCCAGUAUUAACACGCUUCUGCAGAUAGCCGCUUGCUUGUUUUUUCCCUCACCAAUCGAGACCUUCACUUGUAACUUUUACAGUGAUACUUCUGGAGCCGCGGCACUCUUCAGCUGUUUUCCAUGUAUCAUAACCUUGUCCGCCGACCGGGUUCGCGGAUUCUGUCCUAUUCCCUGAGACACACCUACAGCCACUUUAGUCAACCAACUCAUAGCUUGCAGUCCUAGUCUUGCCUGCUUCCUUCAGUUAAGGCAUCACUAAUGCAAGUCGACUAGAAAGGUCAGCCCUCUCAGGGAGGCUUUCGACUGUUUCAUCCUCCUGCAUGAAUUGGUGAUCACGAUUCCUCACGAUCUCUUACAUUAAAGACACUACUAUGGGCUAUGACACAUCUCACAACAACAAUAGCUUCCAGCUGCUAACACACAUGACUGAUGCAUCCAAUACACGCAGACAUAAGGAGAAGCGUUCACAAUUUAGACAACCCAAGUUGCGCCUUGGCAUCUCGGCAUUUCCCGUCCAACUCCGCAAUAAAGUUGAAUUAAUUUCAUGGUCUCGCCUUCAGCCGAAUGCCGAUCAAUUAUUAAAGAUUGAAGGAUGUCUAGGAACUUAUGUGGGUUUGCUUGACCUUGCAGACGGGGACUACUUAUCCGUUCGAUCCAAUGCUCCGAUGGUGUGGAUCAGAUCGAAGGGAUGUUUGUUGAAUACGUUCACUGCAAAGGAGCUCAAGAUGAAUAGAAAUUGUGGGAAUGACUGUAAACAACAGUUCGCAUCUCUGAUAUUGUAUCUCGAAGCUAGGUACUCCUUUGCUGAAAGACGAUGAUUUGUUUGAAUGUAUAGUGAAUAAGAAGACAACUACAUGGCAGCGAUAUGAAACAAGGUAGACUGUUGGAGUACCUAGUAUAGAUGGACUUGUAAACAUAAUGAUGCAAUCUCAUGGACACAUAAUUGUCAUGCCGUCACACUAGGAUA